UGAGUUUGGACAUCACUGCACCUUGCUGGCGAAUGACGCGUUUUGAGCCGGGAAGAUCCACGCCGGGGAGAACACGCAGAUCGAUAAUGGUUCAUUGGGGAACCCAUGGACAUAAAGAUAUUGAUUUCGGGAAAGCAGCAACUCAUUUAACCAACUCCAACAUGCUGAGAUGUCGACAAAUGGCCAAGCAGUUGCAGGAAACUGGUGGGUGUGUGUGUCCGACGCUGUCAAAACGACAUCUGUCUUUGCUAGUAUUGUUCCAUAUCUAGAACAUUGAGGAAACCUGCCCUUCAAAAGAUAGUGUGAGCGUUAAAUGACUGAUAUGGAAAUGAGCGAGCAGAUAACACAAAUAUUCAUGCUGAAUGGGAUGAUACUGUAACAGCAUAAGGUCAUUGUGACUCCUUGUGUAGUUGUGGAUUGAAUACUACACAGGCAGACCUAAGGCACGUCCCGCCUCCAGCAUCUUGAGGGUGAGAAAGGAGAAAUCUGGAGGCAGCAUGGUCGGAGAUGAAGAUGGAGACAGUGCAGAGAUCACAGAUGGGUCCGGGGGGAAUAUUCAGACGUCUCCUUCUGGCAUCACUGACGUCAUCAUUUUGUGUGUUCCUAAUAUACGGACUGUCGGUCUGGGAUAUCCUCCCACCACCGAGGCUGGUCACCGUAAUGAGUCCGGGAAGGGUCAACUGCAGCAGGUUGUUCAAAGGUGACAAAGAAGAAAUAGCAAGAGCGAAACUGGUUACAAGAAGUAAUGAAACCGAGCAACAAUAUUCACUUCUCGGUACAAACUGCAAUGACUUCCUAUCCAAGAGGCUCUAUAUACAAGAGGUGUCGAAAGCCGAGGCUGAAUUCCCCAUAGCAUUUACUGUUCUCAUGUACAAAGACUUCGAGCAGUUCGAACGCUUACUUCGAGCGAUCUACCGUCCUCACAACGUGUACUGCAUCCACGUCGAUGCCAAGUCCUCGUCGGGGGUUCGUGACUCAGUGACGUCACUGGCCACGUGUCUGCCCAACGUCUUCCUGUCGUCCCGGUCGGUGGCUGUGAGGUGGGGAAAGUUCACUGUACUGGAACCAGAGCUGGUGUGCAUGCAGGAUCUGCUGAAACACAAGUGGCGUUAUCUUAUCAACCUCACUGGGCAGGAGUUCCCUCUCAAGACCAACAUGGAGCUAGUCCAGAUUCUCAAGGCGUACGAUGGCGCCAAUGACAUUGAAGGGACCGUUAAAAGAGUGCCAGAUCGAAAGUCCCGAUGGGGCAACGCCGGACGACCUCCUCACAACAUCCGGGCAGUAAAGGGAGCCGUACACAUCGUCGCUAACCGUCAGUAUGUGGAGUACAUCGUUCAUGACCCCGUAGCUAAUGACCUCCUCACGUGGUUGAAACGAACCACAAUUCCAGACGAGACGUUCUUUGCAACACUAAAUCACAAUCCACAUCUAAAAAUACCAGGAACCUACCAAGGUGAACCUGAGACGGAUCUUGUCAAGAAACCCUUCUUGGCCCGAUACAAGGUGUGGGAAGGGGGGAAGAUAUUUGGUGGAGAAUGUCGGGGCAAGUAUGUCCGAAAAAUUUGUAUAUUCGGGGUAGGAGAUCUGGCCAAGUUCCCCGAGAGGAAGGAAUUGUUUGCCAACAAGUUUCACCUGCACUACCAGCCGGCCGCCCUUCAGUGCAUGGACGAGUGGUACUUUAGUAGGGCUCAGCGUGAGCUUGACGGAGAGUCCACAUUCGAUGACUCUUAUUACAAAACACUAGGGUUUGUAAAGCACAAGAUUCCAAACACGUAGCACUGGAUAGCGCGUCCACUUUCCAUAUAUCCCUCUCACAUUCCGACAUGGUGCUGGAUGAAGUAAGACAAGUUCUAUGGAUGAACAACUUCUUUAUUACAAUUAGUGUGAUGAUCACUUGCUUGACAAAGGUGUUAGGAUCUACACCGAAACGUCGCGCUUAUUGUAAUAAAGAAGUUGUUCAUCCAUAGAACUUGUCUUACUUCAUCACACCAACCUCUAAAUGCCACUGAAAGAAGUUAUGGUGCUUGUUGUGGUACUUGACAACGUAUUAAAUCUCAGACACGUUUUCCCACAAAAACCAUUAGGGUAUAGAAUUUGAAUGUGGAGCCAUGAGUGGAAGUCUGACCAUAUUAAUACAAAUGUGACAGAGUGAAUGAAUGGUAUGUGUUAUGUGUCGACGAGGUUUUAAUGUGAUAUUUAGUCUUACGAUAAGGCAAUGUCGAACGGUUGCUUUGAACAGUGCUUCACUUAUAUCCUGGUGUGUCAGCUUCAUGUGCCAAGAAAGUCCACCUUGACGAAGGUCAUUGACCCUUGGUGAGUUUGAAGCGGAUCGAGGCAUAACUAAGGGACGCAACUCUGCACAACGACCCUCCGCCACAAGCCCCCGUUACGAGAAGGAUAACGGCAACCAAGUAUCCUCUUAAAUGAGACAGUUUUAAUAGAAAGAGUGCUUCACAAUAUGUAUGUGGGAUGUAACAAGUCUUGGAUAUCACUCACAAAGGGGCCUCAGAAAACCUCCAGACCGACACUGUAGGUCAGCGUCAAUCGUGGUAUUUCAGGAUUAGACGCCUUUUAAAAAGUGGAAUAGCGUCAGUUAUAGUGUUUUUUUCAGUUUUGGGCCUGUUCCAAACAGUGGGAUAGUGUCAUUCAUCGUAAUGUUUAAAGGUUUGGACCUAUUGCAAACAGUGGGAUUGCGUCAGUCAUGGUAUUGUUUUCUAGAUUGGGUGUUCUUUAAACAUUGGUAUAGCGUCAACCGUGGUAUUUCAGGAUUUGGCUGAUUUCAAACAUUGGUUGGUUGUUGGUUGGUUUGUUGUUUUACGCAUCAUUCAGCAAUAUUCCAGCUGUAUGGCGGCGGUUUGUAAAUAAUCGAGUCUGGACCAGACAAUCCAGUGAUUGAUAUCAUGAGCAUC